CAUUAGAGGGCUAACACAUUUCUAAAUAUCCCUCACCCCAUAAGGGACCCAGGCAUGCUCAGAGGAUGCUCCCUCUGUGGCGAACCCACUACACUCCAGGCUGGCUGAAUCCACCCCAUGCCCUCAGCUGCCUCUUGCUCUCUCUGCUGCUGUUUCUGUCAUCCAAGCAGACUUUGGAGCAUCUCCCACGCAAUGGCAUUGACUUUGGUAGAUUUCUUGGGAACCAGUGAUGUCCUAACCUGUUUGCUUUUCCAGGGUGGAUGUUUGCAGGGGUUAUUUGGAAGCAAAUUGAAAUCUCCCUGGUUCUUAUGCAAUUCCUUCAGCCAUCUCCAACAGAUAAAUAAAGGCCCUCUGCCCCUCCAUUGGCCUAGCUUUCCAAGCAGAGUACCUGCCUUGGUUCUGAAACCUCCAGACAUCUGCCCAUCAGCCAGGGACUCAGUGUGGGCAGCCAUGAAGUCUUUUGUCUUGCUCCUUUGCCUUGCCCAGCUCUGGGGCUGCUAUGCAGCCCCACCUGCUAUAGGGGUGGCCUAUAGGGAACCACCUUGUGAUGAUCCCGAAAUAGAGCAAGUAGCUGUGCUGGCCGUGGACUACCUCAAUAAAAACCUUCUCCAGGGAUUCAAGCAUGCCUUGAACCAGAUUGACAAGGUGAAGGUGUGGCCUCGGCGGCCCUUUGGAGAAGUAUAUGAGAUUGAAAUCGACACUCUGGAGACCACCUGCCAUGCUCUGGACCCCACACCCUUGGCAAACUGCCCUGUGAGGCAGGUGGCUGAGCAUGCUGUGGAAGGAGACUGUGACUUCCAUGUGCUGAAACAGGAUGGCCAGCUCUCUGUGAUGUUCGCAAAAUGCCAUUCCACUCCAGACUCUGCAGAGGAUGUGCACAAGGCGUGUCCAAAGUGCCCUCUGCUGGCUCAGCUCAAUGACAGCAGAGUGGUGCACGCUGUCGAGGCCGCCCUGGCUGCCUUCAACUCGAAGAAUAAUGGAUCCUACUUAAAGCUGGUGGAAAUUUCCCGGGCUCAACUUGUGCCUCUCCCAGUUUCCACCUUUGUGGAGUUUGCAGUGGCUUCCACCGACUGUGUUGCGAAAGAAGUCACCGAUCCAGCCAGUUGCAAUCUGCUGGCAGAAAAGCAAUAUGGAUUCUGCAAGGCAUCCCUCCAUGAGAAGCUUGGUGGAGAAGAGGUUGCAGUGACCUGCACCAUGUUCCCAACACAGCCUCAGCCAGAUGGUGCCAGCACAGCAAAUGCUCCCUCCGUGGACCAAACUCAACCUGCACCAACUCCAGCUGGGCCACCACCAGCUUCACUAGUGGUGGGCCCGAUGGUGAUGUCAGUUCCUCAGAGUUCCCCAGUGGACCACCGGACGCACUAUGACCUACGUGAUGCCUUCUCAAGUGUGGCUUCGGUGGAGUCAGCCUCAGGGGAAGCUUUCAACUCAGGGAAAGCCCCUAAGGUGACCCAGCCUGGUGCUGCUGUUGUUUCUGGCCCAGUGGUUCGCCCAUGCCCAGGGAGGGUCAGACACUUCAAGAUCUAGGCUAGACACAACACACUAAGAUGUAGCCACCACUUUUUCCAAAUGUGGGCAUGGGUGGAAGAGGGUCUUGUCUUCGGUAAAACCAAGUGUCACAGGUGUCUAGACAAAUAUUGAGUCAUCAGUCCCAACUUGUCUUCAUUCCUCAUUGGAAUGAAGCAGACAGGUGAUGGUUAUGUUUGAUGGAAGACACAAGGCUGGCAACAUCACUGCCAUUGUUUUGAUACAAACUACUGUCUUUGUGUUCACUGCUUUCUGGUUGACCUCAUGAAAUCAGUUGGAACUGUGACUUUGAAAGGUGCUCUUGCCUGAUACCUGUGUAUCUGCUUGGUAAUAAAAGUGCCUGAAGGACUAGAAGGUUCUAAGAAGAAA